CGGAUAGAGAAUGCCACCCAGGCCCAGCUCCCCUGCCUCCUGGUGGCCGGGUCUGGGGGCGCUGCGGACUGCCUGGCGGAGAUCCUGGAAGACACUCUCGCUCCAGGGAGAGGAGGGGGCAGACAAGGGGAUGCCCGAGAUCGGAUUAGGCGUUUCUUCCCCAAAGGGGACCCUGAAGUCCUGCAGGCCCAGGUGGAGCGGAUCAUGACCCGGAAGGAGCUGCUGACAGUCUAUUCAUCUGAGGACGGCCCUGAGGAAUUCGAGACCAUUGUUUUGAGGGCUCUUGUCAAGGGUAAGACCUGGACCCCCAGAUUCCUCCGCUCUCUCUGCUCAACUUUGGACAGUUUUCCUGGCCCGGGUGCUUACUCAUUCCCACUCCUCUGAGGCCGGGCCCCUCCUCCCCUCUUUCUUUCUAUCCUUCCCCUUUGCACUGUUCUUGAGGCUUUGCAUGGUGCUUUUGAACAGUUUCCCAAGAUACUUUCUUUAUAUU